AUGGCGCUUAAAGGGCCUUUAAAAGAUAACUUGGUAAGAAUUGAGCCCGCAGAAAGGUUUAAAACUUAUCUUAAGGUCAAUAAUUUUGAAGAAAGUUCAAAAGCGUUGUUGUACGUUGAAGAUUUAAUAAAAAUCGAAGAAAAACUAAAAAUCUCCAAGGAAAGAGUGUUUUUGCAUGAAUUACUUGAAAAUUCCAUUAUAAAUUUGCCUGAAAAUCCUGAAAUUAAAAGAAAUUCAGAAUUGGAGAAAAGAUGUAAUAUUCUAAGAGCAAACUUGUUGAAUAUGGAAUAUAAAAAUAUGAUGAAUAUUGAAGAUAUUAGAGAAAAAACUUUAUCGGAAGAGUUAAAAGAAAUAAAUCAGUAUAUUUUGGGAGCAGUCCAGGUUUUUUUAUCGUUAAUAACAGGAUUUGUGUUUGGAUAUUAUGGAAUUAAUUUAAUAAUUGGAUAUUUGGAGCAAGAAACGAAAUUACUUUUGGGUUUGGUUUGUUCCUCUGUAAUUUUUGUAGCUGAAAUGUAUUUUUUUAUUAAGAAAGUCAGGUAA